AUGCCUAUCACAGCUCCCAAAGCCACCAAGGUCCUCGACCUCCUCAGCCUGAAGGGCAAGACUGUCAUUGUCACUGGUGCUUCUGGCGCAAAGGGCAUUGGCAUCGAGGCGGCCCGCGGCUGUGCCGAGAUGGGCGCCGACCUCGCCAUCACAUACUCGUCGCGUCCCGAUGGCGCUAACAAGAAUGCUGAGGAGCUGGCCAAAACCUACGGCGUCAAGGUCAAGACGUACCAGCUCAACGUCGUCAAGUACGCCGAUGUCGAGGCCUUUAUCAACCAAGUCGUCUCCGACUUUGGCAAGAUUGACGGCUUUAUCGCCAACUCCGGCAUGACGGCCGACUCGGGCGUUGUCGACGGAUCCUCGGAGGCCUGGGACAAGGUCAUCCAGGUCGACCUCAACGGCACCGCCUACUGCGCCAAGGCAGUCGGCGCCGUUUUCAAGAAGCAGGGCCACGGCUCGCUCGUCAUCACGGCGUCCAUGUCCGGCCACAUUGCCAACUACCCCCAGGAGCAGACCUCGUACAAUGUCGCCAAAGCUGGCUGCAUCCACAUGGCGCGCUCCCUCGCCAACGAGUGGCGCGACUUUGCCCGCGUCAACUCCAUCAGCCCGGGCUACAUCAACACCGGUCUCUCUGACUUUAUCGACCAGAAGACGCAAGAUCUCUGGAACAGCAUGAUCCCCGUCGGUCGCCCCGCCGAGUCCUCUGAGCUAAAGUCUGCCUACGUCUACUUCAUCUCUGACGCCAGCUCGUACACAACCGGAUCGGACCUGGUCAUUGACGGUGGUUACACGACCCGAUAG